AUGAAAAAUAUCAAAAAUAACAGAUAAAAUUUUAUAGAUUUGAUAAUCCAUCUUCUUGAUUUAGAGGAACAAAUAGAAAGAACAAAAAUUCAUAUGACUUCAAAUGAAUAUUUUACUCUUUACAGAGCUUUCUAAAUAAUUGAUGAAUAAAAUACAAAUUAAAUAACACAAGAAGCAAUUUCAAAAUUAAUAUCUAAACCUACUGAACAAUGUGCAUUGUUAACGGAUUAUUACUCUGAAUUUAAAGAUAAUAAGUUAUAAUUUGCUAAUUUCAUGAAUUUAUGUUUGCCUAGAAGUAAACCUUAAUUAAGAGCAUAAUUGACAUAAAAACUAUAAAAAAAUAUAGGUUCACCAGAAGAAUAAGAAUUAAUUAAAGAACAUUUAUCUAUACUGAUAGCUAAUGAAAUUCAUUUUUUAUAAUAGAUUAAGCAAUACCCAAUAGAAAUAGAGGGUUUAUUAGAUUAUCCAUUUAAACAGAAAGAUUUAAAUUAAUUAGUAAGUGAUUUUGGAUAUAAAAUAAAUAUAGAAGCAAUUUGGAGAAGAUUGGAUUUUGAUUAGAAUGGAGUAGUUACUUAUGAGGACAUGAAGAAAUUAUUUAGAGAGUAAGAUUAAAUUAAUGAUGUUGAUGAAUAAGAAAUUGAGAAGGAGAAAUUAAGAAAUAAGGAUAUAAAAUUAGGAUGGAUAAAUAAUAAAGCAUGUCCAUAUCAUUCAUAUUCAAAAUAAUUGAGAAAGAGAAUUCAAAAUUUUUAAGAAUUUGAGAAAUAAAAAAGUAUUUUGAGGUAUGAAUAUAUAAAUAAGUUUAGAUAAAAUGAAUGGAAAUAAAUUAGAAAUUUUUUAUAUUUGAUUAAAGAACACAGUUAAAUUUAUUUUUAGAUAGAUUAAUUGUUGGAGAAGUUAAAUAAAUUUGAUAGUUUAAAGUUAUUUGAAUUGUUGAGUAUUAAUAAUAGAAUAGAAUUUUAACAUUUUUAAAACAAAAUAUAAGAGAUUGUUGGAUAAGAAUUCUAAUUAGAUUAUUCAGAUGUAGAGUAAUUAAUGAUAUUUUUUGGUGGUUAAAGUUAUGAAGAAUUCAAAAAGUCUUUAGAAUGUAGUAGGAUAUUAGAGAGAAAGCAACCUAUCAAUAUGAAUGUUUUAAAGAUGUUAUUUAUAAAAUUGAUUUUGUUAUUGCAAUUAAGUAGAUAUUUGAAAUAAUAAUACAAAAAGAAAGCUUUGAUUUAGAAUAAGGACUUGUUAAAUGAAUUUGGGGAAUUCUCUUAGUCAAAUGUUUUGUUGAUGGCAAGAAAAGCUGAGGUAGAAUUAAGUUUGGAAGAAGUUAAUGGUUUUUUUAAAGGUUAAGAGGUUUUGGAAGUUAGGAAUGUUAUGAGUUUUUUGAAAUGA